AUGGCGAUGGUUGCCCACAAGUGCCCGGAGAUCACCGUGAACAUCGUCGACCUCAACGAGGCACGCAUCGCGGCCUGGAACUCGGACUCGCUGCCCAUCUACGAGCCAGGGCUUAAGGAGAUCGUCGAGGGGUGCCGUGGCAGGAACCUUUUCUUCUCCACCGACGUGGAGGCCGGCAUCAGGGACGCGGACAUCAUCUUUGCCUCGGUCAACACGCCCACGAAGACGCAGGGCGUCGGCGCCGGGCGCGCGGCGGACCUGAAGUUCAUCGAGAGCGUCGGCCGCACCAUCGCGCAGUACGCCAACAACAGCAAGAUCGUGAUCGAGAAGUCCACCGUGCCGGUGAAGACGGCCGCGGCGCUCGAGCGCGUGCUGACCGCGAACGAGCUGAACUCGGGGACCGUGGGGAAGAGGUUUUACAUCCUGUCGAAUCCGGAGUUCCUGGCCGAGGGGACGGCCAUGACGGACCUCGACAACCCCGAUCGGGUGCUCAUCGGAGGUCAGGUGGAGCAGGCGGUGCAGGUGCUCGUGGACAUCUACGCGCACUGGGUGCCGAGGGAGCGGAUUCUGACGACCAACCUGUGGAGCUCCGAGCUCUCGAAGCUGGUCGCCAAUGCCAUGCUCGCCCAGCGCGUCAGCAGCAUUAACUCCAUCUCCAGGCUGUGCGAGCGCACAGGAGCAGACGUCAGCGAGGUGUCUCGAGCCAUCGGCACGGACUCGCGCAUCGGGAAGAAGUUCCUCAAUGCCUCCAUCGGUUUCGGGGGCUCUUGCUUCCAGAAGGACAUCUUGAACCUCGUCUACAUCUGUGAGCAGUUUGGCUUGGACGAGUGCGCUCAGUACUGGCAGAAGGUCGUCGACAUGAACGAGUACCAGAAGAAGACCUUCACUGGCCGAAUCAUUCAUGCCCUGUUCAACACUGUCUCCCGGAAGAAGAUUGCCGUUUUCGGCUUUGCGUUCAAGAAAGACACGGGCGAUGUGCGUGAGACCCCUGCCCUCACCGUCUGCGACAUGCUGAUGCAAGAUGGAGCGCUCGUUCACGUGUAUGACCCCAAGGUGAAGAGGGAAGACGCCAUCACGGAGUUCAAGUAUCACGGGGUGGAGGUUGACGACAAGUUGCUCACCUUCACCAGCUCGCCAGAGGAGGCUGUCGACGGGGCGCACGCGAUCGUCAUCCUCACAGAGUGGGACGAGUUCAAGACCUACAAGUACGACGUAUUCUACAGUAAGAUGAUGAAGCCAGCCUUCUUGUUCGACGGUCGGAACAUGCUGGACCACAUGGGCCUGCACAAGCUGGGUUUCGAGGUGCACGCGAUCGGCAAGCCAAAAAUCGGCAGCACGGCGCCUUCGGCCUGA